UUAUUAAUUUAUAGUAAUUAUUAAUUUAUCAAAUAUUAAUUUAUGAAGGUUUUACUGUAGAUAAUUAUUCUUGCAAACAUUCUUCCCAAUUGUGGUGGACUUUGUGUCUUCAAAUUACCAGCUGAUCUACCAGGCCAUAAAGCGAACCAAGGCCCAUCUUGAGUAAUUAUUAUUUGGGCUAUCACAAACGGGCUUAUUCUAUUAACGACGCCGUCUUCGGCUAAAACUAGAAUUUUAGUAUGAGAAAGAAAUUUCAUCACGUAAGGCCAUUAUUUUUUUCUUUCUGAAAAAUAAAGAGGGAAUAUAUAAGUUCCACCUGGGCAAAAAUUACAGCCUCUAGAGGCAGUGGUUUCAUUUGGCGGAUUCUUAACGCGCUUCUUCUUUUCGCGAUAAAACCUAGAAAACUUUCCUUUCCUUCAAUCCACCAUCCGCCAUGGAUCUUGAGGCUGAGAUCCGCGCAUUACAGCUCGAUUCGGCAGAUGAAAACAAUGGAGUUGUCGUUCCGGAAGAUCAUAACGCAGAUGGAGUUGAGAAAAUGGAUAUAGCAGAAGAAGAACUGAAAGACGAAGUGCAAGAAUCAGUGCCAGGCCCUGAUGAGCAACAAGCUUCCGAGGAUCAUGAUCAAGAAGUGCUCCAUCCAGUGCAUAACCCAGCGAAAGCUAAAGAGAAGGCAGCCCAAGAGAAGGCUGCGAAAGAGGAAGCUGAAGAUGAGGCAGAAGCAAACAAAAAGCGACACUUGAAUGUGGUGUUCAUUGGGCAUGUUGGAAAGUCUACAAUUGGAGGACAGAUUCUCUUCCUUAGUGGUCAGGUAGACGACCGACAAAUCCAGAAGUAUGAGAAGGAAGCAAAAGAAAAAAGUAGAGAAAGUUGGUAUAUGGCAUAUAUAAUGGAUACAAACGAAGAAGAGAGGGCCAAGGGUAAAACGGUCGAAGUUGGGAGGGCUCAUUUUGAAACCGAGAGUACUAGAUUUACCAUUUUGGAUGCCCCGGGUCACAAGAGUUAUGUGCCAAAUAUGAUUAGUGGAGCAUCUCAGGCGGACAUUGGUGUGCUGCUAGCGUCUUUGGUUGGAAGCCUAUUAAUUCCAUGUCCACGGCCCUCUGUUGCAGGAUAUGAGAGGGGUGGGCAGACACGUGAACAUGUUCAACUCGCAAAAACAUUGGGCGUGUCGAAGCUGGUCGUUGUUGUGAACAAGAUGGAUGAUCCAACUGUGAACUGGUCGAAAGUGAGGUACGAUGAAAUAGAAUCAAAAAUGGUACCAUUUCUGAAAUCCUCUGGCUACAACACAAAGAAAGAUGUUAUCUUCUUGCCUAUAUCUGGUCUAAUGGGGAUAAAUAUGAACAAAAGGAUAGAUCAAAACGUUUGUCCUUGGUUCAGUGGCCCUAGUUUUUUCGAAGUCCUUGAUUCUAUUGAAGUUCCGCCACGGGAUCCUAAUGGCCCAUUCAGGAUGCCAAUUAUUGAUAAAUUCAAAGACAUGGGAACUGUUGUUAUGGGAAAAGUAGAAUCUGGCAGCAUUCGGGAGGGUGACUCCUUGAUUAUUAUGCCAAACAAGGAACCCGUAAAAGUUGUUGCUAUAUAUUGCGAUGAAGAUAAAGUUAAGCGCGCAGGACCGGGUGAAAAUUUGAGAGUCCGUAUUACUGGCAUUGAGGAUGAGGAUAUCCUUUCAGGCUUUGUUUUAUCCAGCGCAGUAAAGCCUGUCCCUGCUGUUACUGAGUUCGUUGCCCAACUACAGAUCCUUGAGCUGCUUGACAACGCUAUUUUUACAGCUGGUUACAAGGCUAUUCUGCACAUUCAUGCGGUUGUUGAGGAAUGUGAGAUAAUCGAAUUGAUAAGCCAAAUUGAUAUGAAGACGAGGAAACCCAUGAAAAAGAAAGUUCUGUUUGUGAAGAAUGGUGCUGCUGUUGUGUGCCGUAUACAGGUUACCAACUCAAUCUGUGUUGAAAAGUUCGCAGACUUCCCUCAACUUGGAAGAUUCACUCUACGAACUGAAGGGAAAACUGUUGCUGUUGGAAAGGUGACUGCUCUCUCAGGUGCUACCUCAAGCGCUUGAUCCAAUUUUGUGAGAAGAAAGGAGACGGCUUUCGGGUUACACCAAGAUAGGGAUUUAGGAAAAUGCUGUAUUAAGAAUGAUCGGACGAAGUAAGCUGAGUUCCCUCAACCCAAACCUUAGUUCCUUUCCUCUGGUGCACAAUUGAGGUGUGAGAUUCACUGCUGCAGAGAGGUGUAACCUUUGACCGUUUUCUGGAAAUUUAAAUACUAGAAAAGAGUAUUAUGAUGAUGAACAUAAGUGAGUUUUUUUUCUUGUUAAGCUAAAUUUACAAUUGUUGCUACCAUUACCCUUGUAGCUGAGUCUUUUUCGGCCUUUUGGAGUUUGCUAUUUAAUAGUUGAGGAAACACUAUUUGUUCCUUGAUUCUUGUCUUGCUCCGUCUUUUUGCUCCUUGUGACCUGACUGAUGCAGUUUUUUGGGGGGGGGUUUGCUCUGCCAUUCCACAGCUUCGUGC